AUGACAAGCUAUAAAGCUGAAGAAACCGAUUGGCGGACAGGCAAAUCACCAAACAUCCCCUCAGAUGGUUCAUACAAAAUUCUAAACAGAUUUGUGAAGCCAUUCAUUAAUAGGCGAGUAAUGGACAGCAGUAUUGUUUUCCCAGAUUUAACAUCAAGGUCUGGGAUAGACAUAUUCUCUCAAAUCUCCGAUGAUUGUAAAACUCUGGGCAUUUGUGAAGAUAUUCCAAACUAUCCGGCGGAUAUAAUUUCAAGUGCAAUUCAACAGAUUGAAAGUGAAAACAAAUUAAAGUUUAACAAAGAUGUACUGGAGCCGCCUCAACUCGCUGAGAGAAUAGGACCGGAAGAAGAAACUAUAGAUCUAUGUUCCUCUAUGGAAAGGAUAUUUGUACCCAAAGUGGCUCAAGAUAUCAACAAGGACUGGUUCCUGAUAGUUAACGACAAGCAAAAACCGCGACAAACGUUUCGAGUAGAAAUAUGCAGAGGAGGAGAAAACGCCACCUGCUCUUCUAUAGCUUUCUUCCAGAAGGGCUACAGAGGGUCAUGCGUACAGAAAUAUGUUCUACGUAACAUGAUUGCGCUGAACGACAAAAAUGAAAUCAUUGAGAGACCGUUCCAAGUUCCCAGUUGUUGCUCGUGUGUCGCUAAGGCGGUUUGA